AUGUCUACACCAAGAAUUACCAAAGCCUGGAGCAUUGAGGGCAAGGGCAGCCUUGACUGCCUCAAGCUUGACGACAAGCUUGUUCUCCCUGAGCUCUCCGAUAACGAAGUAUUAGUCAAGUUCCAUGCGGCGUCUCUCAACUUCCGCGACAUCAUGAUUGCUAUGGGAACCUAUCCUUUCGGCGUGAAGCCAGAUAUCAUUCCAGGUUCCGACGGAGCUGGAGAGGUCGUUGCAGUGGGAUCUAAGGUUACCCGCUUCGAGACAGGUUCCAAAGUGGUAACACUGUUCAAUCAAUCACACUACGGUGGGCCGUUGACCCCAAAGGUCUUGGGAACAGGCUUAGGUGGAACCAUCGAUGGCACUCUGCGACAGUACGGCAUUUUCAACGAGAAUGGAUUGGUAGAUAUGCCAAAGAACCUCAGCUACCUCGAGGCCGGAACAUUGUCUUGCAGUGCUCUGACGGCUUGGAAUGCUCUCUACGGGCUUAAAGCCGUCCUUCCUGGCGACUGGGUCUUGACACAGGGCACGGGAGGUGUGAGCAUCUCUGGUUUGCAGUUUGCAAAGGCGGCAGGGGCUCGAGUCAUUGCUACGACUUCUUCUGCGGCCAAGGCUGAAAUGCUGAAGAAUCUUGGAGCAGACCAUGUCAUCAAUUACAAAGAGACUGCGAACUGGGGCGAAGAAGCCAAGAGGAUUACAGGAGGUGUUGGUGUCGACCAUGUCAUCGAGGUUGGAGGUGCGACAACUGUGACGGAGAGUCUGAAGGCCGUAGCCAUUGGAGGCCUUGUUACUAUCAUUGGCUGGAUCGGCGGACACGGAGAGACUGGACCGAGCUUUCCCCAAAUUUUGUCAAGCAUGGCAAUUGUCAGGGGAAUUGUUGUCGGGAGCCGAGAACAAUUCGAAGCAAUGAUCCGGGCCAUUGAGGCUUUCGACAUAAAGCCCGUCCUCGACCAACGUGUCUUCAAGCUCGAAGACCUGAAAGAAGCCUACCAGUACAUGUCUGACCAGAAGCAUUUUGGUAAAGUUGCUAUUAGCAUUGAAUAG